AUGUAUGAUUCUGGAGUAAAAUUAAUAAAUGAUUAUAGUAUGAUCUACUCUGGUUUACCAUCUACAAAUAAAACUAGAAGCGCUCAUGGAGUAGCUAUUUUAUUGGAUCAAAAUGCUACUCAGGUAUGGAAAAAUUCUGGAUCAAAUUGGGAAGCGGUGAGCGAAAGAAUUAUUAAAAUUAGAUUAAAAUGUACUCCGAUUAACAUUACUGUACUCUCUGUUUACUCGCCUGUUAAUCCAACUGAUAAACAAAUGAUUGAAUCCAGUGAAAAGUUUUAUAAUGAUUUACAAGAUACUCUGAACAAAAUUUCCACUGAUGAUAUGAUCAUAAUAAUGGGUGAUUUAAAUGCUAGAGUGGGAGGUGAUCAACAACAACCAACAUUAAACAACUGCAUUGGCCCUUUUACGGUUGAUAAAGUAAAUGAAAAUGGAACAAGGCUUAUGGAUUUCUGUAUGAUGAACAAUAUCAUUAUCUCCAACACAUUCUUUCAACAUAAAUUAAUACAUCAAACAUCUUGGAUGCACCCCGGCUCAAAGAUUUGGCAUAUACUCGAUUAUACAUUAGUGAACAAAAAGUUUAGAUCGAGUAUUGAAGAUUGUAGAAUGUAUAGAAGAGCCGCUGGUGCAAUUGGUACUGAUCACCAUCUUAUGCGUGUUAAGAUUAAACUCCAUCUUAAAUGCAGAAGAAAAAAACAACAAGUGAAGAGAACAAAGCUUGAUUAUACAAAAUUUAAAAAUGCAAAGACAUUAGAAAUGUUUCAAGAAGAUCUUAGUAAAACUCUUUCUGAUGCAAAGGAUAAGAACAUUACCAUCGAUGAUAAAUACUCUUUAUUUGUAGAAUGUCUGAAAGGAAAUGCAGAGAAGCAUUUCAAACUAGACAAUAGGAAAAAUGGUAAACGAAAAGAAUGGCUUACAGAUGAGAUAUUAAAAAUAAUAGAUCAGAAAUCUUUAGCUUUUGUUAAUUGGCAAAAUCAUCGUGGAACCAAAUCAGAGACAAUAUACAGAAACAAAUAUAAACGUCUUCGGAAGCUAGUUAAGACUAAAAUUGAUGCACGUCAGGUGGAAUAUUGGGAUGAAAUAUGUGAAGAAAUAGAGAAGUCUGUUAAAUUAAAUGAUCCAGCAACUGCCUUCUCAAUAAUUAGACGUCUUCGUGGAGGAAGCAAAGGUGUGGAAAAUAUACCAAUCCGAGACAGGAAUGGCAAAUUACUAGUUAACUCAGAAGAUCGAUUAGAACGAUGGUGUGAAUUCUUUGAAGAACUACUCAAUGUUCCUCAAGCAGUCAAUCCUGAUCUCAUUAAUGAAAUUCCAAUUCUACCGUUAUCCAAGGAAGAAGAGAAUCGGCAAAAUGCUGAACCUUCUGUAGAAGAAAUUAGAAAAGCAUUAUGUCAAAUGAAAUCAAGGAAAGCACCAGGCCACGAUGAAAUAACAGUUGAUAUUCUUAAAGCUGGUGGCUUACCUGUACUUAAAUGGCUUUAUGAAAUCUUCGUGGAUGUAUGGAAGAACGAAGAGAUGAUGGAUAAUUGGAAUCUGGCUAUCCUCAUUCGGUUGUUUAAAAAAGGAGACAAACAACUAUGUGAUAAUUAUAGAGGAAUUUCAUUACUCAGUGUUAUUAGUAAACUAUUUUCUCGUAUAAUUCUUAACCGCAUCCAACAACUUAUUGACAAUCAAUUAUUAGAAUCUCAAUCUGGCUUCCGAGCUAAUAGAUCAACAAUUGAUCAAAUUUUUAUAUUGAAAAUGAUAAUGGAAAAAAGAAAAGAAUUCAACAAACCUUUGUUUUUAUGUUUUAUUGAUAUUACCAAAGCUUAUGACUCUGUUAAUCGUAAGCUGUUAUGGAAGGUAUGUCGAAAAUAUGGUAUCUCAGGAAAACUUGUAAAUCUUCUUAAAAUGUUAUAUAAGGAUUCAAAGGCAAAAGUAAGAAUCGAAGGUGAGUUAUCGUCCAGUUUCUUAAUUAAAACAGGAGUUUUACAAGGUGGUAUACCAUCUCCAAUCCUGUUCAAUAUGUUGUUUGACUUUAUCAUUAGAAAAGUUAUAGAUGAGGCUGGUGUUUCUGGAGUUCAAUUUUCAUAUGGUAGCAAUGACUUUUAUCAUGGCCAACGGGAAAAUUACGAAAAGUUUAAUAUUUUGAAUUUAUUAUAUGCAGAUGAUUUAGUUGUAAUGUGCGAGACAGCAAAUGAUUUAGAAACGUUCAUUAAAACAUUUGAAAAAAUUACACAAGAUUAUGGACUAACUAUGAGUGUCAAGAAGACGUGUAUCAUGGCAUUACAACAGUUUGAAGAAGAUUACAAUCGGAUAAUAUUAAAAAAUAUAGAAGUGAAUCACCAUAUUACUGGUAUUAAUAUUCGUAAUCAAACAAUUGAAAUAGUGGAUUCAUUCGUUUAUUUGGGCUGUAAUGUUACAAGAGAUCAACGAUCAGAUAAAGAAUUAGAUACACGUUUAAGGAAAGCUGCUACAGCAUUCAAUAUGCUGAGACAUGUGAUCUGGUACAGAAAGACUGUGUCAAUUACAUCCAGACUCAGAAUAUUCAGGGCAUGUAUCCUUCCAGUUCUCCUUUAUGGAAGUGAAACAUGGUCCAUUACCACUUUACAUGAACGUAGAAUUAACAGCUUUUAUAUGAAAUGUAUUCGCACUAUUGUUGGAGUCAACUUAGGUGACAGAAUCUCAAAUGAAACACUAUUGAAAAUUACUGGUCAACCACCGAUUGAAAACAUAAUACGCAGAAACAGAUUAAGAUGGUUUGGUCACGUCAACAGAAUGUUAAACAACAACAAGGAACCUUCAAUAGUUAAAAAGAUCAUGUUCUCAUACUUUCCAACUGAAAAACGACCUCGAAAUAUGGGCAUUAGAAAAAGAUGGGAGGAUAAAGUUCAAAAUGAUAUUGAAAUUUGUCAAAUUAAAAAUUGGAGAAGGGACACUUUGGAUAGAGAUUUUUGGCGGCAAGUUAUUAAUAAACAUGUUAUAAUUAGGCCGAUAGAUUCGAACAUCAAAGAGAUCAUAUUCGGAUAUAAACAAGGUGCAGUUAAACGAAGAAACGAACAGUUGGCAGCAACAUAUGGAGUGGGUAAACGAAAAGUUUCAGAAGUGCUAACCAAGGGUGCUAACAAUAAAUACAAGUGUCCUGGUUGUAGAGAAUUGUAUAAACCACAAGGAAUCACAAAUCAUGUGAAAGCAUGCCCCAAGGCUAAAGAAUGGUGCAAAACGAACAAUAUCAAAUAA